AUGAGGAUCCUUCCUGGCUGCCUUCAUUUCUACUUCAUUCCUUUCUUACUCAGUGGAGCACAUGGAUUCCUAACAUGGAGAACACCUCCAGCCUUCCUGGUUUAUAACUAUUCCUAUUCAAAUCUCUCCUCUGUCUCAGAAGCACAAGCUCCAAAAAUAGCAAGGUCUCUUAAUUUCUCACACAAUGUCAUUGAAAAAAUUACCCAGAGAGACUUGGAAGGAUUUGACUGGCUGGAAGUUCUGGACUUUUCCUACAAUUGGAUCAGGGCUGUUGAGCCUGGAGCAUUCCAGAGUCUGCUCUGCCUGGUUUCUGUGGAUUUAUCAUUUAAUGAUGAAAAGCUGCUUCUGUCAGAUCUCCCACCCCACCUGAAGCUCUCACCCACUGGCAAAACUCCAAGGUCUUUGCAGCUUUCCAAGAAUUCUGCCAAAGCCUUAGGGGCUGCUCUGAAGCCUUCUGCUCCCACUGAGGAACUGCCACGUUCUGGAGUUCUGUCUCUCCUGCAAAUCCUCAGCUCCAGGCUCAAGAGAAGCACAGAGAAUCUUCUCAGAAGGGGAGAGAGGAACACAACAGCACCUCCCACAGCCACUCUUGAGCCCACCCUCUGCGGAAUUCCCAUGAAUGGGACACUCAACCUGUCCCACAGCAACCUCUCCCAUGAGGAGCUGAUGUUAAAACUGGAUGAGAAUCUCUGCCAAGCCCAGCUGGGCAGGAUUUUGGAGCUUGACAUCAGUCACAACAAUGUAGAAUGGGAUCUUCUAUCACUGUUUGCCCUGUUCUUCCCAAUGGAAAACACACUGUCCAUCGAUGCCAGCUCCAACAAGUUAACCAUUAACAUCCUGGAUGCUGAGUUCCUCUGUAAGUUCCCAUCCCACCAGCUUUUGUUCCUAAACAUCAGCCACAACCCCAUCAACAGCCUGGAUACACUGUGCCUCCCUUCUAGCAUCAAGGAAAUAGAUUUGUCCUUCACCAACAUCAGCCAAAUACCCCCGAAUUUUGCUGAAAAAUUGUUUAACUUGGAAAAAAUGCAUGUUCAAGGAAACCACUUCAUCUACACAGCAUCCUCAGAAAGCGGGAAUACACUUCCAAUGUGUGUCCCUCCCCCUGGAACUAUACAGAUUACUGCCAUCUCCUUUGUCAGGAACCAGGCUGGGACACCCAUUGAAAGCCUUCCUGGGAAACUGAAACACCUGGGAAUGUCCAACUGCUCCAUUGUGGAUCUGCCAGAGUGGUUUGCUGACACAUUGGAACAACUGUUAUUUCUGGACCUCAGCAGCAACUACAUUUCCGUGCUCCCCAACUUCCCCCCCACCCUGCAACACCUCGACAUCAGCAACAACAACAUCAAAGUCAUUGCCCCCAGCCUGAAAUCCCUCUCCAACUUAACAAUAUUUAGGAUUCAAAAUAACAAAAUUAUGGAUAUACGUACUGAGUAUUUUCCAUCAGCCUUAAAAGUAUGUGAUUUUAGUAAAAACAAGGUGAAGGUGCUGUCCUUAUCUUCUGCCCUGGAGAAGCUGGAACAUCUCAACAUUUCUGGGAACCUGAUCACACGUCUGGAGCCUGCUGGCCAUCUUCCUGCAGUGAUCAGUCUGGACAGCAGCCACAACCUGAUCCCGAAGCUGCCUGAUGGCUUUGGGGAAUCCCUCCCAGGGCUGAAGUAUUUGAAUCUAUCAGGGAAUAAGAUCUCCUUCUUGCAUCCUGGCACUCUCCCAGCUUCCCUGGUCGAGCUGGACAUCAGUGACAAUGCCAUCACCACCAUCGUAGAGGCCACAUUCGGCCCGCUGACGAGCCUCAGGGUCCUCACUAUCCAAGGGGAGCAUUUUUUCUGUACCUGUGACCUGUACUGGUUUGUGAAUGUCUACAUCCAUGAGCCCCAGCUGGAGAUCAGGGGCAGGGGGGCUGUGAGGUGCAGCUUCCCCCUGGAGAGCCAGGGUUCCCUGGUGGGCAGCAGCCGCCUGACACUGCUGCACUGCUCCCUGGGUGUCCAGCUGGCUGUGACUGCUGGAGCUGCUGGCCUGGCUGUGCUGGCCCUCACCACGCUCUGCUGGCGACUGGAUGGGCCCUGGUACAUUAGGAUGGGCUGGUACUGGUGCAUGGCCAAGAGGAAGCAGUACGAGGAGAGGCAAGAAAACAAACUCUUUGAUGCCUUCAUUUCGUACAGCGAGCAUGACGCUGACUGGACCAAGGAGAACCUGCUGGAAAAGUUGGAAAAUGACGGGUUCAGGAUAUGUUACCAUGAGAGGGAUUUCAAACCGGGGCAUCCUGUACUUGGGAACAUUUUUUACUGCAUAGAGAACAGCCAUAAAGUGCUUUUUGUUCUCUCUCCCAGCUUUGUGAACAGCUGCUGGUGCCAGUACGAGCUGUAUUUUGCCGAACACCGGGUCCUGAAUGAAAACCUGGACUCCCUCAUCAUGAUUGUGCUAGAAGAUCUCCCACCCCACAGCCUCCCACAGAAAUUCAGCAAGCUCAGGAAACUGCUCAGAAGGAAAACCUACUUGAAGUGGAGCCCUGAGGAAUACAAGCAGAAGAUGUUCUGGCAUCAGCUAAAAGCUGUCCUAAAAACAACCAACGAGCUGCUCGUGAGAGCAGAGAAUGGAUCCGCUCUGGAAAUGCAGGAGCUGGAAUGA